GGUUGCUGCCGCCACCGGCGGGCCGCGCCGCAGAGGCGAUGGAGCGGUGGCGAGAGGCGCUCUCCUUCCAGUCCUUCCAAAGCCGGCUGCCCCCGGGCGCGGCGUACGGCUACGGCGGGGAGAGCCCGCAGGGGCUGCGCCGCAGGGAGUUCGCCCGCCUGGGAGGAAUGACUUACCUCGACCAUGCUGGCACGACGCUGUUUCCUCAGAGUUUACUGAAAGCCUUCACUGAUGACCUCAAUGCAAAUAUUUAUGGCAACCCGCACAGCCAGAGCAUCAGUAGCAAGUUGACAUAUGAUACUAUUGAACAUGUCCGAUACAGGCUACUGCAACACUUCAAUACAACAGUUGAAGACUAUACCGUCAUCUUCACUUCCGGAUGUACAGCCGCUCUCAAGCUUGUGGCAGAGGCCUUCCCUUGGGUGCCUGAAUCCCUGGGGCAGCCUGGCAGCCGGUUUUGCUACCUCACUGAUAGCCACACAUCUGUGGUGGGCAUGAGAGCGGUCGCCGCUGCAGUGGAUGUCCCGUCUGUCCCAGUGAAACCUCAGGAAAUGGUGUCGUGGGCAAAGGACGAGCGGGUAGAGGAGCAGGGCUGCAACACGCCUCUUCUCUUCUGUUACCCUGCCCAGAGCAAUUUUUCAGGGACUAAAUAUCCCCUUUCAUGGAUUGAAGAGAUCAAAUCAGGAAAGCUCCGCCCCAUCAGUGUCCCCGGGAAGUGGUUCGUGCUGCUGGAUGCGGCGUCUUAUGUCAGUACUUCUCCAUUAGACUUGAGCGCCCAUCAGGCGGACUUUGUGCCCCUGUCGUUCUACAAGAUGUUUGGAUUCCCCACCGGUUUGGGUGCUCUGCUGGUGAAGAACGAAAGUGCUUCUCGCCUGAGGAAAACUUAUUUUGGAGGGGGAACCGCAGCUGCCUACCUUGCAGGGGAGGAUUUCUAUUCACCAAGACGCUCAGUAGCUGAAAGGUUUGAGGAUGGAACCGUUUCUUUCCUUGAUAUCAUUGCAUUAAAGCAUGGAUUUGAUGCCUUGGAAAGACUUACAGGUGGAAUGGAGAACAUAAAACAGCACACAUUUGCCUUAGCACAAUACACUUAUACAGUCCUCUCCACACUAACGUAUGCUAAUGGGGCACGCGUAGUGCGCAUUUACAAUGAUACGAACUUCAGCAACCCAGAUGUCCAAGGUCCAAUAAUUAAUUUUAAUGUAUUGGAUGAAAACGGAGAAAUAGUUGGUUUUUCACAGGUAGACAGAUUGGCUGGGCUCUACAACAUCCAUGUUCGCACAGGCUGCUUCUGUAACACUGGAGCUUGUCAGCAGCAUUUGGGGAUCAGCAAUGAUGACAUCAGAAAGAACCUGCAGGCUGGCCAUGUUUGCGGAGAUGACAUAGAUGUAAUCAAUGGACGUCCCACCGGGUCUGUGAGGAUCUCCUUUGGUUAUAUGUCAACAUUUGAAGAUGCAGAAACCUUUCUGAAGUUCAUUAUUGCCACCAGGCUGUGUGGUUGCAACAUGGUUAAUUGCCCUCCAGCAGCGAAUGUUUCACAAGUGACAGUGUCUCCCAAAGAAAAUGGCUACAUUUGUAAUAACAACGUCAACAAACUUCCUCUAAAGAGAAUCAUCACAGACUCUCAGCUUGACACCAGUUCGCCUUCAGUGGUGACCCCAGUCUGUCCACCUCUUCCUAAGGAACAUUCAGAAAGGGACAAGGCUGAAACCUCUGAAAAUUCAACAGAAGUACAACAAAAUGGUAGAAUGCCAGUCACUGUCACCAACAUUUAUCUCUACCCAAUCAAAUCCUGUGCUGCCUUUGAGGUUGCACAGUGGCCCGUUGGAAAUCAAGGCUUACAGUAUGACCGUAACUGGAUGGUUGUGAAUCAGAAUGGAGUUUGUAUUACUCAGAAGCAGGAACCAAAACUGUGCCUUGUACAACCCCUAAUUGACCUAGAGAAAAAUGUGAUGACCAUCAAGGCAGAAGGGAUGGAUCCAAUUUCUGUAUCUUUAGAAGAAGACAGUGGAAGUCAGACUCCUGUCUGCCACAGCAAAGUCUGCUCACACAGAGUUCAGACAUAUAGUUGUGGAGAACGAUUGGCAGGUUGGUUUUCGGAGUUUCUUGGCCGACAGUGCUACCUGAUCAGGCAGAGUUCGGACUUCAAAAGAAAUGCAAAUCAGAAGCAUGAAAAGGGAGAGGCAACCCCCACAGCUGCCCCACUCUCUCUGGUGAAUGAAGCGCAAUAUCUCCUGAUAAAUCGAACAAGUGUCUUACAACUCAGCGAUCAGAUCACCGCAAGACUAGGUGAGUCACUUCCCCUACAGAAGCUCAUCCAUCGCUUCCGUGCCAACAUUGUCAUCAGCACAAAUGAGCCGUUCGAAGAAGACAAGUGGGACGAGAUUGCAAUCGGCAGCCUGCAUUUCAAGGUUAUGGGGCCGUGUCACAGAUGUCUUGUUAUCUGUAUUGAUCAGCAAACUGGACAACGAAACAAGGAAUUUCUUCAGACUCUGUCUUCCACCAAAGAUAGAAAGACUAACUUUGGAAUCUACCUGAUGAAUCAUCCCAAGAGCCCAUUUUCCUUUCCAAAUUCCUUGUCUGUCGGCUCUCAGGUACUUUCUGUGGUGAAGAACAUCACUUGUUCACAGUCUCCUGAAGAGCAGAGUUCAGGGUGACUUACUAGCUAAGCCCCCAGACGAGGCUGCCUUGCAGACGGUUCGCAUUUCUUCAGAACACUGAGUGCCUUUUCCAGUAAUGUUUGUCAAAUUUUGGUCUAUGUCAGUAAUUACAAUUAAUAAAGCCAUACAACUCU